AAAUCGUAUCUUCAGCAAUCCUGCCGCUCGCGACCCGUGACGCAUUCCGGUGAAACCGCCUUGCCCCCUCCCUCCACCACCCCCAAAAGGCCCAAACGCUGCACCAAAAAAAAAGGAGGAGGGGGGGUCACUCACCAGACACCACCACCAUGGCGGCUGCCGCCACCUCCGCGACGGUCUCCUUCGCCGCUGCGUCCCACCGCGGCGGUGGCACGUCCCGAGCUGGCUGCUGGCCGCCAUCCCGGGUGGCCGCGUCCGCGUCCGCCGCCGCUGCGACGACGACCGCCUCGUCACCUGAGGCGGCGGCGCCCCUCACGGCCGACCUGGCGCCGGCGGCGCCGGUGCCGUUGAUGCGGGCGGUGCCCGAGUCGCUGCAGGGCGUGAGCGGGUCCCUCGUGGGCGUGCCGGACCGCGGAGAGGGGGUCGGCGACGCGGAUGGGCCCGGGGCGAUGGAGUACCUCACGAGGGUGCUGGCAUCCAAGGUGUACGAUGUGGCCAUCGAGACUAAGCUGGACCAUGCCCCUAAGCUCUCCAACCGCCUGGGGGUCAAUCUCUUCAUCAAGCGCGAGGACCAGCAGCCGGUAUUUUCAUUCAAGCUGAGAGGUGCAUACAAUAUGAUGGCAAAGCUCUCCCAGGAGCAGUUAGACAGGGGCGUCAUCUGCUCUUCUGCUGGAAAUCAUGCUCAAGGAGUCGCUCUUUCUGCCCGGAGACUGGGCUGCGAUGCCGUUAUCGUCAUGCCUGUGACAACACCAGAAAUCAAGUGGCGGUCAGUGGAGAGAUUGGGCGCAACAGUUGUUCUCAAGGGAGACUCAUAUGACGAGGCUCAAUCAUAUGCAAAACUACGAUGUGAGCAGGAAAGCCGCACAUUCAUACCUCCUUUUGACCAUCCUGACAUUAUCGCUGGACAAGGAACUGUUGGCAUGGAAAUUGUUCGCCAAUUGCAAGGCCCAUUGCAUGCAAUAUUUGUACCUGUGGGAGGUGGUGGACUAAUAGCUGGCAUAGCUGCCUAUGUAAAACGGGUCCGUCCAGAGGUAAAAAUAAUUGGAGUGGAGCCUUCAGAUGCAAAUGCCAUGGCAUUGUCCUUGUCUCAUGGUCAGAGGGUCAUGUUAGAACAUGUUGGAGGGUUUGCUGAUGGUGUAGCCGUCAAAGUUGUAGGGGAGGAGACAUUUCGCUUGUGUCAAGAACUUGUAGAUGGCAUUGUCCUGGUCAGUCGAGAUGCUAUUUGUGCUUCAAUAAAGGAUAUGUUUGAGGAGAACAGAAAUAUCCUUGAACCUGCUGGGGCCCUUGCCUUGGCAGGGGCUGAAGCUUACUGCAAAUACUAUGGUUUGAAAGGGGAAACUUUGGUUGCAAUAUCUAGUGGAGCAAAUAUGAACUUUGAUCGACUUAGACUAGUAACCGAGCUUGCUGAUGUUGGUCGAAAACGAGAAGCAGUAUUGGCUACAUUUUUGCCGGAGGUGCAGGGGAGCUUCAAAAAGUUUGCAGAACUGGUUGGCCCGAUGAAUAUUACUGAAUUCAAAUACAGAUAUGAUUCUAAUGGAAAAGAAGCCCUUGUUCUUUACAGUGUUGGCAUCUAUACUGAUCUUGAGCUAAGAGCAAUGAUGGAACGCAUGGAAUCUUCGAAACUCAAGACCGUGAACCUUACUAGCAAUGAUUUGGCAAAAGACCACUUAAGAUACUUUAUUGGAGGCAGGUCAGAAGUAAAAGACGAACUUGUCUACCGGUUCAUUUUCCCAGAAAGGCCUGGUACUCUUAUGCAAUUUUUGGAUGCAUUGAGCCCCCGUUGGAAUAUCAGCCUUUUCCAUUACCGUGCACAGGGCGAAACUGGAGCAAACGUAUUGGUUGGCAUACAAGUGCCACCGGAGGACCUUGAUGAAUUCAGGAGUCGCGCUGACAAUCUUGGGUAUGAAUACAUGUCCGAGAUGAACAAUGAGAUCUAUAAUCUCCUCUUGCGCAAUCCCAAGGCCUGAUGCGGCUGACUCUCAUCCAAUCCAACCCAACCUAACCAAUGGUUGUUUUGACACACUUCCACAAAUUGGUGAGUCUUACCAAGGAAGGACUCUUCUUUACGUAGGAUUGGUAGCGUGGCCUGCUUCUGCUAUUGGAAUAAAACCCUUGCCAUAUCUAUUUAUGUAGUUUUUUUGGUGAAGAACCUUAGUUUGAGUAGAGUUGUUACUGUGCCAUUCGUUGCCUUGUUGUUUGCUGCAGUAAUGUAUGGUGUGCCCGCUUGCGCCAAUAGGCCAUGUAAGUUUGUAAACCACCCAGAGUUUCCUGAAUAAUAAUGACUUUGGUGCUGCUGCGAUUCUCAUA